AAGAACCACCGGCACCGAACUGAGCCCCGAAUAUCAAUCUUUCCAGGUCGUCGUCAGUUUAGCGAUUGACGUCGAAACAUUUGGUUGUGCGGUUUCUGUUGUUGAUUCAAUGAAUUAUCGGGUUCGGUAUCGUAGCGACUGACAAAUUAAGACGGUCUUGUUGUUGACCAAAUCGUAAACUCGUUGUAUCCGGUGUGCUAGGCCGUGUCAAGUGUUAAGUGGGCCGAAUUAUUCAGCUAAAGUGAACAAAUAAGCUGAAAAUGCUUAAAUUCAGCGGUCCAAAUUGGUUCUCCAAGCCGCAGUCGCGGAAGAAAUCUAACGGCCAGCGAGCGACGGUGACUUUUGCGGAUCAGCAGCAAGCUCUGCAAAAAACGCCACGGAAAGGUCAUCGCGAGCCUAGUCCGCUUCUACAGCACCAGGUAUCGUGGUCCAGCGUCGGCAGCCAAUCGAGCGUAGGUGGCGAAAGUUUGUUUUCCAGACAAAACAGCAUCCGGCGGAGCGGUACCAGCCAGAGUAGUAGCGCAAGUUACAGUGCCAGCAGGAGGCCGCCGCCACCGAGACGACCGAGGAGAAUCAUGGCCGAUACCGAGAAGGAGGAAGCGGUUAACUUGCAAGUGGAGUUUGAAUGGGUGCUACACGAAGAAGUUCAUUCAGUGCUGAAACAGCUGCAUACUAUCCUGGUAGAAUGUGCACAUCGUUUUCCAGUACCUCUGUAUGGAAACGAGGGCAAAAAGCAGGAUAAAUUCGUUUUGACGGCUGCCCCAGAACAACUUAAGUGUGUCGUCACACUAACGGGCGACAGUAUCACUCAUGCGGAUAUUAACUUCAAGGUGCAGCGCCAGCAGCAGCAAACUCAACGGACCUCUAUCACCCAGGAUUACCCGUGGAAGAUCCAACAGGUGCAGGACGCUGCCAAUCACCUUCAGCAAGCAAUAAAUACCAUUGAUAAUGUGGACAGCUCGUACAAUUUCAAAACCUCCGACGAGGUGUUGCACAUCCUAGGAAACAUACUGGGAGCACUGCAGCGGGGUCGAACUUCUUUGGUUGUGCCCCGCAAGAAACCUAUCGAUGAGCUCAUGAAGAGCCGAAACAUGAAAGCCUUAUCACCGAAUCUGCCGGAAGAUUUAGCAAUUAGCUUUUACAUCCAGAGCCAUAAGCUGAUUUUUGUGGCUUACCAGCUUACGAAUUUCCAGGGUACGAUGAAGUUUGAUUCGUGUCAGGCGGAAUGCUCGGUUCCUUGGCUGAACGAGGUGCUGGUACUUUUCACGGUGGCGCUACAAUUGUGUCAACAGUUGAAAGAUAAGAUUUCGGUAUUCUCGCAGUACAAGGACUUUACCGUUGGCUCUCGAUCGGUGUCCGCUCUGUCCUACUGAUUAGACCAUUCGCCGGCAGCAACGGAAACACUUCUGUCAUGCCCGGCUUAGGAAGAUACAGGAUUUGUGGCAAUGGAUGUCGUUCCGUCAUUCCCGUUCGAAGCAUAGCUCCUCAAAUCUCCCUAUUACUCUAACAAAUUAAUCUAACAUCCUGAUAGUUUGUAAGAAGCGUGUAAAGUUCCCAUUUAUACCUUUGUUCAAAUCGAAGAUAUUUAGUGGUACGAAAUUUGGUCGACUUCCUGCUGGGAUGCCGACCGUUGUUGAAAAUAUUGAUGUUUGUUAAAAGUAAUUACUCGUGUUGUUAUCAGUAUAAGAAUUGCGAUAAGCUGCGAUGGGUAGGUUUUAUUGCGGACUUUGCUCCUUACAAUGUUCAACGAGAACGGGAAUCCCAUUUAUAGCCGAUAGUAAGUUAUUUAUCAACGAACUCACCUUUUAUCAGCUGCCUAAUUGUUUGUUUUUAUCUUUUCGGUGUCUGGUAGGAUGUAGUUCAUUGAUGUAUGAUGAUCUUGAUUUGGCAGACGGCGGGCAAACAAUACAUUUAGAUAAGUGAAAACGGUACUUAAGAAACGUAAGUAAUCCAAUCUGAUAAAUAGUGGCAAAAAUUGACCCAACCUCUGCGGAAAAGUGCGGUCAUAUUUGCGUGAUGUUGUAACAACAACUGAAACGUUUAGGUGGAAUAGAUUGUACUUUAAUUACAAGCAUCCAUGAACUGAAUCAGUAAAGUACACUACGGAGUAGGUGGUUUAAAAGGGGAUGAUUGUGGCGGGAACUUUCGAAUCCUCCUUAAGGCUGGAAUCUCGAUAUUCAAAAAAAGCAUUAGUUAACUGAAAUAAUGGGAUAGAAUCUAAGCAGGUCGUUUAUUUUUAGUUAUUUUAUUCAAGAAAAAUAUAAAGCUAAAUUCGCUACUAGUGAUUUAUUUUUUAUUCCUUGUAUCAUUUGUUUGGUCCGAGAAACCUGGCAUUGUAAUCCAAGCAGAGGUACGUAGGAUAACUUAUGAAGGGAAGUAGUGUAGUUGAUGCUACACUCAUUAAAAAUUGGGUGUAAUCAGUCUAUCUCUUUCUUUAUACUACAACGGUGUAGCACAGAGUAAAAAAAACGAAAACGCUUUAAGCUUCCAGCACCGGUUAAAUAUUUUAGCUAUGAUAACGAAUGAGCUGGAACUCAUAUGCUUUAGUUGAAUGUUUAGAGUAUGUUUUGUGGGUACCUUCAUGUUUCCGGACACGACAAGCACAUUUUAACAAAAUUCAUUUGCAGUAACUCGAUUCCUUUGGAAGCAGACAGACAGAAAUUAUAGGAGAUAUAAUAAAUUGAAAGACAAGCCAAAGGCAAAUGCAAAUGCAAACGUGUGCUAGUUAGUUAGUUGUUUAUUGCAGCUUUAACCACGAUGGGUCAUUCGCUGAUAAAAGGAUUCAAGUUAUACAUUUGAUUUCUUGUUGUUUCUUGUUUCUAGAUGUUCUCCAGAGUUCUGUCAGAUGCUAUCGUGAUAUUUGCGUCAGAAUAAGUUGUUGGAUGGGCCGCAAGAAACCUCCCCAUAACUCGGUGGAGUGUGGCGGAGGGCCGCGUUAGGUUUUCAUCUUGUUUGCCGCGUCGUUAGAUGCCGUCGUAUAGUCCGGCAUCCUUGAUGAAGUAUAGUAAUGCUUGCUCCUGGGAUGAAGUAUAGUAAUGCGUUCGAGAGGAUGUCUCUGGUCGGGGGAACCUUUGAUUUUUUGCGUAUGGCCGCGGGAUUUUCGCCAGUGGAAAUUGAUUUGGAUGCUUGCGUUGAAUUCUCGAAUGAUGUCGGUUGUUAGAGGGAGGCCAAUCGAUCUGUGUCAACAUUCCCUUUUAUUCCGCUGUGGCUUGUAACCCAGCAGAUGGACAAGAGUGGUUCGCGGUAGCCUUCAAUGGCCUGUACGAAAGGGUGCUUCGAUGUUCCGCUCCCGAAGUCCUUUAACACGGAGAGCGAGUCGGUGAAAAUAACCGUUGGGGAGUCGGUGGGUCUUUUUUCCGUUGCUACUGCCAGGGCGGCAGCCUCUGCUGAGAAGAUUGACCACGAGGAGGACAAUCGGAAGGAGAGCCCGCUCUCCAAGCCACUGAUCCUCGCUCCCACUCCAUCGUCGGCCUUGGAUCCGUCGGUGAAUAUUUGAAGGUGGCCUGAAUAUUUCCGGUUGACUAGUUGUUGAUAGUGGGCUCCGAUGCGGUUAGGGGGGGUCGCCUGCUUUGACGACCAGGGAUAGGCUGUAGUCGAUGUUGUGAUUCGGGUCGUUUCACGCACGAUGUCUCACCGGCAGUAGGCGGGCGAUUGGCGGUAAGGGGCUGUUUGCGUUCUUGUUGUGGAGGUCCGUAGCUAUGAAAAGAGCGAAGCAUUCACCUCUUGAGUUUUUUUUCCAUGAAUCCGAGGCUUCUCCUGAAUUCUGUUUCUGCAACUGCCCAGCUGCAGGGAAGAACUCUCGCCUCGACGCAGGCGGAUUCGGCAGGUGUGCUUGGUAGAAAGUUGGAGGCUAGUCGGACGGCUCCGUGAUACAGCGGGUUGAGUACCUCAACCAGUCCGUCUAGGUAGCGACAGGUCAAUUCGAUCCCGUGGUAUAUCCUGCUGUGGAUUGAGGCGCGGCUCACGUUGAUUGCGGUUUUUCUGUUGUUUUUGGGGUGACGAGAGCAGAUCGUUUGGACUAGCCGCUUUCGGCUCUCGCAAUCCCUCUUUACUUGACGGAAGUGUGGAACAAAGGUCGCUUUUCUGUCUAGUGUGAUGUCGAGCACUUUCGGCUCUUUUCGGAAGGGUAUCUGGACCCCGUUGAGCGAGACCGGUGAAGCUCCGGUUGCUAGAGCCCAUCGUCCGACCGCGGUUUCGGUGGCUUGUAGGGAGAUCCGGGUACGGGGGAUCGUUUUUUUCCAAUGCGACUAGGAUGAUGUCCGCGUAGUAGUAUAGUGAGGGUAGUGAAUCGAAUGUUGAGUUCAUCCUAACUAGGAAUAGCGUUACUGCAAGCACUGAUCCUUGUGUUAUUCGUCGGAGAGUUCACCGCCGAUGUAUACCUGGAAUCGUUGGUCUUUUAGGUAAUUCUGAAUGGAGGCUCCGAGAUUGCCCUGGAUGCCCCAUCGGCGCAGCUCUUGCAGUACUCCUUCACGCCGCACUGUAUUGUAGCCUUUCGCCACGUCUAAGAUGUCGAUGUCGGCAUUAAAGUUUUUCGCUCUCGCUUCUUCGAUCAGUUCCUCGAAGGAUGCCAAGUGGAUUCCUGUCGCGAGUCCUUUCCGGAAGGCACAUUGGCGGUUGUCAAGAAAUUUGCCUUCUUCCAGCCAUGUAAUCAGCCGUCGGUUCUUUCUAGAAUAUUCGCGGUACAUGAAAGAAGGCUUAUGGGACGGAAGUCGCUCGGCGAUCGUGUGCCUUUAUUCUUUUUGGGGAUGGGCCCUAUGUAGGCAAGUUUCCAGUCGUCUGGGAAGUUUCCACCUUCCCAGAUUCUAUUGAAGGCAUCAAGGAGUGCCCUUUACCCGCCUGGGGGUAGAUGUCUUAACAUUGGGUACCGUACUCUGUCGGGGCCAACCGAUUUUCCGCGGGCUGUCCUAAGGGCGGCAGUGAGUUUCGUGCCGGAGAAGGGUUUGUUAUAUUCCGCAGUAGAGUUUGGUGAAAAGUGGUGGGGGUCGCUUCGAGACGUGUCUUGUACCGGACGAGGGCGUCGUUCGCGGAUAGCGAUUGGAAAUGGCUGCCGAUUCUGUUUGCGAUUUCCCUUGGGUCGGUGAUUGUUACAUCGUUGAUUGCCAGUGAGAAACUGUUUUGUCGCCGUUUACCGCUGAGAGCAUUGACCCGUCUCCAUAACUCAGGUAUCAGGGAAUCAGGGUGUAUGCCGUCCAAGAAGUUGGACCAACUGAUUUCUUUGGCUUCUUGGAUGGUUUGACUAGCUAGAUUGCGGAGUCUCCUGAAUUCGGCUGCUUUUUCAUCACGUAGGGGGUGGUCAAGGGGAGUUUUUUGUAGAAGACGUAGUGCUUUCCUACGUGUCUUGAUGGCGGAGGCGACGUCUGGAUUCCACCAGUAGAGGGCGCGGCGGGGUCAAGCAUGUGCUAAAUAUGAGGGGUCCGCAAGGGAUGACAUUCCCAACGGGUUUUAACCGAAACUGUUUUGUCAAGUUGCUGACUUUUUAUGUGAUAAGGGAUCAUCCAUAAAUGACGUAGCAUUAUAUGGGGGAGGUGGUAGUAUUGUAUUUUGUGAUGAUGUGUGACGACAGGGGGGUAGGGGGUCAUGUCAUGCUACGUAGCUUUUUUAAAGGGGAAUAACUAACAUCGUUUUUUUAUUUUUUUAAAUUUUACGAGGACAAGGGGGGGGGGAGAAUUACCGUCAAGCUACGUAAUUACCAAGAGGGGUAUUUAGAGGUUUGUGACGAAAUGCUACGAUGGGGGAGCGGGUGUUAAAAAUCACUCAAAAAAUGCUACGUCAUUUAUGGAUCGUCCUCAACCUAUAAGUGAGGCCGAUUGAGCUAAAAAUUUUACACAGUGACUAUCUUCGUUGAGUAAUAUCUACAUAUCAAGACCAGUAUUUUGACGGGACAAUUUUGAAUAGCUGUGAUCUGGUUGGUGGAUUGUUGGAUAUUAUUAGAUUUGAAUCGUCAGCCCAAGUACCGUCACGACAUUCCGGUUCUGUCCCAGACAUUAUCCAACUAACUGUGAUAGGAUUUUACACAUUCAUCUAAGAAAAUCGGUAGUAUCAAGUCAUACAGCAAGUGAAUAGUUGACAUUUUUGCUCAGCUAUUCCCUGACUUGUCUUUCAAUAUAUUGUUCAAGCCUUAGAUAUCGGAUGGGCUCAAGUUCAUUGUGGUUCUUCGAAAAAAGGAAUUUAAAACGCCUGGGUAAUAUGUAUUACAUGUCUUCUCUUUAUUUGCUGUAAUGAGAAUGCUAACAAUAGUUGCAAAGAUAGUCGUGUCGGAUGUGUAGCUGAAUGUGUGCUAUGAAAUGUGGUUUAGCCCGAGUAAAAAAACGACAAUUCUAACUGCUACAUUAUAUUUCCCAUAAUUUCUGUCUCUUCUCUCGUAUUCACCAUUGCGCCCACAGUGUUGAGAUCAAUGGUGUAUUCAACGAUUCGAGUUUUUCAUGCGAGGAUCUACUGAAGCACGAGAUUGGUUGUUUCAAGGACUCCUUGCUCCGGCGAGCAAAGAUUUUGAACGGCAACCGCACUGGAUGGGACAAAAUGAUGUGUGCUUUCAAGCUCGUGUCGGGUAUCUUUUGGUAGGAGAGUCCAUAUUACCAUGGCCUACGCACGAACAGUGUCCGAGCAAACUGAAACCAUCUCUUAAAUCUUAAUCUUUUGCAGAAAUAUUAAAAAGAGCUUCGCCACAAAAAUGACAAAUCAUUAUGCUCUCUUUGCUCUCUUUUACUGAGAUUGGUUGUGAUAACUUCAAUUUUUCUCUUGGUUGACCGCUAAAUAUACCAACCGAAACCAACAGUUUUGAUCUUAGAAAUUUAAGAUAAAACAAGUAAUUUUCAGCGCUUUCAGGAACCCCAAAAAUCUCAUGUGAAAUUUCUUUCAGAGAUUCAAAUUAGAGUAGGAAGCAUUGGGCACCGGCGAUUUUGUGAUAUUGCGGAGCUCUUUCAGGCAUCGAUUGAUCAACCUUACUCCACGAGCUUUGCUACAACUUUAAGAAGCAGGUUCUCGUUUGUUCUUUUUGUAACACUUCUGGGUAUCACUUUAAAGCUAAAUGGACUAGCCGCCAAGAACCCAAAAUCGCAUGCUACUUUUGUUGUUGAAGAUAAGCCGACCGAUCAUUGCUCUCCACAAUCGCUUCUUGAUCCCCUUUAAAUGAAGGUUAAGUUGGGCAAAAUAAAUCUAAACCAAGCAUAUACUGAAUCAUUUUUAAACAUUUCAGAUAUGUUGCUUAAAAUAAAUUUUGUUCUACGAAAAUUAAAAAUCUCACCCGGUCCGAAGAAAUCGACAUGCACGCCCCCAAAAAAGCGGAGUCACUUGGACAAACUCUGAGAGGUGGAACUGCCCGCUUGUGGUCUUUACAUUUUACACAGGGACAAAAGGGUAAAUAACCGGUCUGUUGUUUUUCAUCUGCUAUCGACAACAAAUUAGAUCGUGAAGUCAGAAAUAUUCCCCAUUCCCUUCCAUAGGAAAAGCAAUGGACCCGAUGACAUGUCGGAUGAGAACUACACACUUAGGUUUUUUACCGAACCCCGCAUUUUUUACCGACUUUUACACAGCUGAACCUAAGACAAGACGUGACAAUAGGGAUGGGGGGGGGGCGUUUUUGUUCCAAUUUUACGUCAGAAUGGUCCAGCCCAUGAUUGGUUGAUGCUGACUUUUUGCACCGUACGCAGUGUUACUGCAGGGAUAGCGAAAUGAUGUUUGGCAGUGUUGCUAUAUUUAUAGGAAAAGACUGUCAUUCCUUUUGACAAAUAAAAUUAUUAUCGCUAAAAAGUAAAAAUGACUAAAUUGAACUGAAAUUGUGCGGCAAAGUGAAGCAUGCAUUUACCGUAUACGUGGUUGAUAAACUUCAACAAAAAUAAGACAGAAACCACACUAUAAUCUAAAAUUAGUGCCCUUCAUCAAUAUAGACUUAUCCAAUUGGGUUGGUAUUGUGCCGUUUCGACGUUUCAAUUGGGAGGAGAACAAAUCUUUUACACGGCGAAUUGGGAGGCAAACAAACCGCUUCUGGGCCUGAGGGGUGGGCGAUAGUAUAAAAAUAAAUAAAAAUAAAAAUAAAUUUAAAUGUCAGAUAUCUCAAUAGUGGAUUCAAGAUUCAAAAUAUUGCCGGCAUAAAAUAAAUUAACAAGACUGCAUGUUCAUUAAUAAAAAUAGCAACACUGUUCGGAGAUUUCAGCAGGGUGAAAAUGUGCGAAAAGAAGAAUGCUGAAGAAAAAAUAAGAAGCCGAUUGUCACGUAAUGUCUUAGGUCAUUUCAAACGAAAAUAGCGGAAGCAUCAGACAAUAAGUGUGUACUAACAGUGCUGCGAAAUUCCCAAAUCAGUUACCUAUUUUUGCUUGUAUUUGCCGAAACCAACAUUCAGAUUCACCGCUUCCCUCAUUCAUUAAGUUUCCAAUUGACUGAAACUUCAUGCGGAAUCGAAUGCUUGAGUGUAGUGGACAUAUAAAUUCCUUCACCAAUCAAAGCAUUAAUUUGAUAUUAUGUAAACAGAUUGAAGUCAGAAGUUGGCAUCUUCUACAUUUUCGAACAUAUCCGAACCUGAAUGCGCUGUGUCCGGAGAACGAAUGACGAAGGUAACGAACCAAACAUUUCUUUCAUCGCGGUGGGCAUGAAUUGAAUUUUGUUUCUCUAUCAAGUUCACGUCAAUUUUGUCAAUUUUUUUAAGCUUUGACUACCAAUAAGCACUUGCUCCUCCAACAAAAUAAGAAUGAGGUAUCAGACGCUUCGAAGAGUGUAAUUUAAAAAAAAAAUCUUGAUUUUAGUUGCUCGAUUAGUUUUAUGUGUUUCUGAUUAUUGUUAUAAGUUGAAGGCAUAUUGUUUUCGGUAUUUUUCUUUUCUGUUAAUUUAUUGAGUUAAUAAUUCUACGCCUAUCUGGCUAUCCCAUGAUCGAAAAAAAAACAAAAAAGUAAUGUGAUGGAAACACACUAUUCUUAUGUAAACAAGCAAAACAUUCCGCCAUAGAGUGUUGUAAAAGUAGAAAUUAAUCAAACAUGUGUGUCAAUUUGGUUUUAGCUAGUCUGUAAGAAAAUACUAACAUUUUAAACUAGGCGUUAACCUAUUAUAUUGUAACGUAUGACUACUACUUUAACUCUCAGCAGUUUGCGACUAUCCGCUAUAUAGCUUCAGAAGUUGAAUUACUAAUAUAAUAAUCGUUGGCGCAAAACUUAAAACUAUGUAAAAGUUCGAUUUAUUUGUGUUGUGUUGACUGACGCAGAUCGGUACAUACUAAACUGGAAGUGAUAUGAAGUAAUAAGGUUUAGUAAUCUAAACUUUUUAAUCAUAUAUUCUGAUUCCAUAUUUAGCCCACUUAUUGAAUUAACGAACGAGUAUUAGAAAUUUUAAACUCAUCAACCUGUCACUUGAUCGAAAGCUUGAACUAUGAAACGACAAUAACUACUUAUAAAGCAAACCGAGUUCUUGUCAGGAAAUUCCAUAAAAAUAAAAUCUGUUUUUUUUCGCUCUUUUGCGACACAUUCAUGCCGAGCUAAGCGCCGAACAAAUCGAACAUUUGUAUACAUAAGCCGAAUUAAAAUUACCUGGUAAUAGAGAUAAAAAGUACACCCGCGUUUGUUGUGUUCCCCAAACCACUUGCCGUUACAAAUAAAACAACCACACUCCUGCAAACAGAACAACCAUAAAAGCGUACCCAUCGGAAAAUAAUUGAACCUUUGUCCAGAGCAAAAACAGAACAGGUGUAAAGUUAAUGAAAAUGAGAAAAUAAAAUCAAUUCAACCGCAGCCAAAUUGUUGUCAAUUUUUAAUCCAAUGAUCCAACGGGUGUAAGUGUUUUUCUUCUUAUGUUUCUGUAAUACGAAUGAUCCGUAUGGCGUCAGUUUGAAAAAUAAAUUACGUUUUUUUGUGAACGAUUC